GCGAGGAGGAGGUGGUGGGUGAAUCGCACGGCGAUGGUGGUGGUGUGGGUGGCGGCGUCGGUGGGGAUAUGGGGGGGCCUCCAUUGGUACAUACGGAGCGAGAGCAUGAGGAAGGCGCACGAAGGGCUCGUGAGCAUGUGCGAGGAGCGCGCGAGGAUGCUCCAGGACCAGUUCGCCGUGAGCGUCAACCAUGUCCACGCCCUCGCCAUCCUCGUCUCCACCUUCCACUACGAGAAGCACCCCUCCGCCAUCGAUCAGGAAACCUUUGCCUACUACACGGCAAGAACGUCCUUCGAACGGCCACUGUUGAACGGUGUAGCAUAUGCGCAGCGAGUUCUCCAUGCGGAAAGAGAGUUGUUUGAGACUCAUCAGGGUUGGACAAUUAAGACCAUGAAAAGGGAGCCCUCCCCUAUGCAAGAUGAAUACGCCCCCGUAAUUUAUUCUCAGGAGACCGUCUCCUACAUUGAGGCUCUGGAUAUGAUGUCUGGAGAGGAGGAUCGAGAGAACAUUUUGCGAGCGAGGGCCACCGGCAAAGCAGUCCUCACAAACCCAUUUAGGUUGCUUGGCUCAAACCAUCUUGGAGUAGUUUUGACAUUUCCUGUGUAUCGCUCUGGCCUUCCCGCAGAUGCGACGAUUGAACAACGUGUGGAAGCAACAGUAGGAUAUCUUGGUGGAGCUUUUGAUGUUGAGUCACUUGUCGAAAACUUGCUGAGGCAACUUGCUGGUAAUCAGGACAUAAUGGUGAAUGUAUAUGAUGUCACCAAUACCUCUGAACCAUUGAUUAUGUAUGGGCCUCCGUACGGUUACAUGUCAGUAUCACACGUGAGCAUGCUUGAUUUUGGAGAUCCUUUUCGGAAGCAUGAAAUGAAAUGCAGGUAUAGGCAAAAACCCCCCAUUCCAUUGUCAGCAAUUACUACUCCAUCCGGUGUUUUUGUGAUCUGUAUGCUUGUUGGAUAUAUAUUAUAUGCUGCUUGGAGUCGCUAUGAUAGUGUUAAAGAGGAUUGUCGGAAGAUGGAAGAGCUAAAAGUUCAAGCAGAGGCUGCAGAUGUCGCUAAAUCCCAGUUUCUUGCUACUGUUUCACAUGAGAUAAGAACACCCAUGAAUGGAGUCCUGGGAAUGCUAGACAUGCUUUUGGAAACAGAUCUGAAUUUCACUCAAAAAGAUUAUGCUCAAACAGCUCAAGUGUGUGGAAAAGCACUGAUAGCUUUAAUAAACGAGGUGCUAGACAGGGCAAAAAUUGAAGCUGGAAAAUUGGAGCUUGAGGCCGUGCCAUUUGACCUGCGAUCCAUCCUAGAUGAUGUACUCUCUUUGUUUUCUUCGAAGUCAAGAGAGAAAGGAAUCGAGCUUGCUGUACUUGUAUCCGAUAAACUCCCGGAGGUUGUGAUUGGUGAUCCAGGGAGAUUUAGGCAGAUAAUAACAAAUUUGGUCGGCAACUCAGUGAAAUUUACCGAACGGGGCCAUAUAUUUGUACAAGUUCGUCUGGCUGAGAAUCCAUAUGUGGCAAUGAAGGCAAAAGCAAAUGGAGCCUUGAAUGGUGGUCUGCACGAUAAAGGAGAGACUAUAUUUAGAAGAUCAUUCAAUACUCUUAGUGGUUUGGAAGUUGCCGAUGGAAGAAGCAGCUUGGAAAAUUUCAAGCUCCUACUUUCUGAUGAAAAACCCUUCUCUAGUGUCUCUGAAAGUGAAAUGGCUUACAAGAAAGAUUUCGACAAUGUAACUUUGAUGGUUAGUGUUGAGGAUACAGGGAUUGGAAUACCAUUCCAUGCGCAAGAUCGUGUUUUUACGCCAUUUAUGCAAGCUGACAGCUCUACUUCGAGGAACUACGGCGGAACCGGUAUUGGUUUGAGCAUCAGUAAAUGUCUUGUUGAACUAAUGGGUGGGCAAAUAAGCUUCGUUAGUUGCCCUAAUGUUGGGAGUACAUUCACAUUUACCGCUGUGUUGCAGCGUUGCCAGAGAAGUGCCGUUGAUGAGACGAAGAGAACUCUUUCAGAGAGUCUACUGAUCGCAUUCAAAGGAAUGAAUGCUGUUUUGGUUGACAGGAGGCCAGUUAGAAGCUCCGUAACAGUUUAUCAUCUGAAAAGAUUGGGAAUAAGUGUUGAAGUUGUAGGUACCGUCAAAACGGCGCUUGAUGCAUUUUCUAGACAAGAUGGCCAUCUACGAUCUGCAAAGCAGCCAAGCUUGCUAUUAGUUGAGAAGGACAGUUGGAAUUCUGGGACAGACGCUCGCUUACGUGAUCAUCUACUAAAGUGCAAGCAGAAUGGUCAGAUAUCUCAGGUGCCCAAGAUGAUCCUUUUGGUGACCUCUGAAUCUGAUAGGGCAAAAUUCGGGGCCUUUUUUGAUACUGUGAUCAUGAAACCUCUAAGAGCAAGUACCAUAGCGGCAUGCUUUCAACAAGUACUAGAAGGUGGACAUCCUCAGAGGGAAGAGAAGGCUAAUGGAUCAGCCUUCCUUCGCAGCCUACUAGUUGGGAAGAAUAUAUUGGUGGUAGAUGAUAAUAAGGUAAAUCUAAGAGUUGCUGCAGGUGUUCUUAAAAAAUACGGGGCUAAGGUUGAGUGUGCAGAAAGUGGGAGAGAUGCUCUUGCUCUCCUUCAACUGCCGCACAAAUUUGAUGCGUGCUUCAUGGAUGUUCAGAUGCCAGAAAUGGAUGGGUUUGAGGCAACUCGGCAGAUACGUUUGAUGGAGAGCACGGCAAACGAUCAAAUCAAGAACAGAGCACUUACUCCGGAAGGUUCUGGAAGAGCUGAGCGGCACUUGCCAGUUCUGGCAAUGACAGCUGAUGUGAUUCAAGCAACAUAUGAGGAGUGCAUGAAAUGUGGAAUGGAUGGAUACGUCUCCAAACCGUUCGAAGAAGAGCAGCUUUAUCAAGCAAUUUGCAAGUUCCUGGUAUCAAAAUCCGUUUACAAUUCAUAAUAAUGGUUUCCAUAGCGAUCCUAAUGACAGUGGUGGGAUCCUUCAAGCAUCGUAUGUUUACUCUAGCGGGGGACAGGUUUUUUUUCCUGCCGAUGCCUUCUUUUCGCAGCGAAAAAGGGACUUGAAUGCAAGGUAACUAUGCUGGUUAUUUCAUGAAUAUAGGUGCUCAUACCGAGCACCAUUAUAUUGAUGAAUUCCUACGAUUUUUGAAUCAGCGGUUGUGCAUGUGUUAAUCCCUCUGGUGCAGCAAAGGCCUCUAGAGCAGGUCGACUAACGCGUUGUGUGUUGUAUCAUAUAUAUAAUAUUCCUGUCAUCAUUCUUUGAAGGCUCUUGGAAGCCUAAUUUUGCAUUUUUACUCGCUCUCUCUUGGUAAGGGACUGUAGCCUCCAACUAUAGUAGUUAUUGUGCCUUAUUAUUCUGAUCAAUUCAAGGUGGUUUGUGCUAUUAUAAAAAAGAUUUAUCUUUUCUUGAGAAGGUGUAACUGCAGAGAUUAUCAACUUGGAAAUUCAUGCAAGUUGUUUUCGAAUACAAACUGUUUACCAUCGCACGCUGAAAA